GUCAAUAAACGUCAAAUAUUUGUGAUAAAAACAAGCAUAUUCUUGUAAUUCUAGAAAAUUUCAAUAAUAUUUUAUAUUUGGUACUUUAUUUUUUGAAAAAUAUGUCUGGUUAUAGGUAUCCAAAAUGUAGCAAUCCGUUUGAAGAUGAUGGCGACGUAGAUGAUGAAACGUUCUUAAGAAAUUCUAGAAGAUCAUAUAAUAACAAGGAACCUACUUUUGAAGAACAAAUGCAAUCAUAUGCGGAAAAGAAGAGAGCUAUAGAAGAAAGGACCCUCAAUAGCACUGAGAAAAGUAUAAGUAUUUUAAGAGACUCCGAACAAGUAGGUAUAGCUACUGCAGAGGAGCUUAUGAGACAAAGGGAAAAACUCGAAAAAACAGAUAAGCAAUUGGAUGAAAUUAAUUCAACUCUUAGAUUUUCCCAAAAACAUAUAAAUGGAAUUAAAUCGGUAUUUAGUAGUCUUAAGAAUUAUAUGGCUGGUAGAAGCGAUUCCCCAAAUUCUACAACUUCAAGUUCAACUCCAAGUACUGUUAAGCAAUCCACAUCGAAUCAAAAUCUAGAAGAAAAUAUUUCCACCUACGACCGUUAUGAAAAUCAUCCAGCAACAAGGCUACGAAAUAAUGAUUACAGCAGCUACAAUCAAAUAUCUUCUGGAGGUAGUAAAGAUUUUAGCGCCAAAUUAGAUGCUAAUUUGCAAGAAAUGUGUUCUAAUAUAAGUCGUCUUAAAGGUUUAGCAUCUGAAUUAGGUAAUGAAAUAGAUUCUCAGAAUGAUUUGAUUUCAAAUAUAACAGAUAAAGCUGAAUUAGCCGAUAUUACAAUCACCAAACAAAAUAAACAGAUAGCUCGGAUUCUAAAGAAAUAAAAUUCUCUUAUUUGAAUCGAUAGUUUCAACAAAUGGGUCUAAUUAUGAUAUUAAAUAUGGUAAUAAUAUAUGUGGAGAAUUUAUUUUUGCUAUUUAAGCAGAAAACAUUUUAAUAUAUAAUUUUGUGAUAAAAUCAUUUUAAUAAUUAGUUAUUUAUAUUGGAUAUAGUAGAUAGUCAUUUCAUUUUAGAACCUUUAAACUUCCUGUAGUCGCGCCAAUUUUUUUUCAAGAUUAGUCGCCCUAGUUGCAUAGACCAAGUGGGGCUGUAUAUAUAUAUAUAUAUAUAUAUAUAUAUAUAUAUAUAUAUAUAUAUAUAUAUAUAUAUAUAUAUAUAUAUAUAUACAUACAUACAGGGUAAGUGAUUCAUUGAAAAUGUCCAAUCUCUAAAAUGUAGAUUCUAGACCUCAAAAUAUGAUGAUUCUGCUCAACAUUCGUUAUGAAACUAUUGCUAGUUUCCGAGAUAGGGGGUGUUCAAAAUUUAAAUUUAAAUUUUUAUUUUCGCAAUAAUUUUUUAUGUUUUCACAAUUUCUCUUUGAAAAUUGGAAAUUUUACGUUUUUUGGCAUGAGAAAUCAUAAUUUGCACUCUAAUUUAACAUUGCUAAUAAAGGGCGCUAGUUACACUUGUUUGUGUUAAUUAAAUCAAAGUAACCUUUUUUGGGCUAAACUUACAACUAAAAUAAUAAAAAAAAAUAAAAAGCGUUAAAUUCUCCAAAAAAAGUUACUCUUCUCUGAAUCGUGUAACUCAAUCGGUUAUUGGUUGGAUGGAUGCACAUUCUUAAGACCAAGUAUAGGUUUUGUUGGAAAGUUUAUAUCGCCCUUUGGAUUUGGAUACCACUUAAACAGCCAUGUUUGAAGUACAAAAUACUUUUGCAUCACUAACUGAUAAGAUCUUCAGCCCAUAUUUGCUACACUUCUCUCUAAAUACUGGAAGUAUCUCAUCUAUGGUGGUAUAGGCCAAUCGAUCAUAACCAUUUAGACAAUUUUUUACAAAUUGAUCGAAUAUUGAACGAAUGGGAGCUAGUUUAUCAACUUUUGUUUGAUCUGAGCUUGUUUCUUUGUCAUUAAAACAUAUGCAACGUACAGAACCUCUGCACUCAUUCUAAGGAAAAACAUUUCUAAGCCAUAUUCAUCUUUUCUUCUAAGAUCCCUGGCAUUUGAGUGAUUGGAUGACCAAGACCAGAUAGAUAUGAGAGUCCUACAAAAUCCCGCAUUUCAAUGUUGUCUUCUUCUAUCAGUUUUUGGCCUUGUAGAAAAUGAGUAAAUGUGGGCUCGUUAUUUUAAUUUACUUUAUAUUUCAAAAUAUGAAUAUAAAAAAGUGGAGAAAUUUUAUGCUCAACACCUUCUUGAUGGAUUAAGGUACUAGCCCGUUCAACCUAAUAUAGCACACAUCUUAGUAUUUAAAACAUAAAAAUUGAUGGUGGGAUAGUGGCACGACUGUUGGAAGGUUUAGGAUUUUCCAGAAUAUUCUGUAACUAAUUAGUCAUAUAGGCUAGGGAUGAGCAAAUGAAAAAAAUAUAUUGAUAAAUAUCUUAUCGAUAUUUUUAAACAAUAUCGAUUUAUGCAGAAUAAAAAAUAUCGAUAUUUGCACUUCAAGGUGCAAUUAUCCAAAAAAUUGUCAAAUAAAUCGAACGUUAAAUUUGAACACACAUUUAAUUUUUCAGUUUUAUUGAUUAAUUAAGAGAAUAAAUAUUUGAAUAUUGUUAAUAAAAUGAAGUUUUUAGUAAUGUCAGAAAAUGAUCAUGUAAACAGCUGUUAGUAAACUGCAUUUUAUUCAAACCAGUAAUCAUCUGGAAUAGACAUAAAAAGUACUCGCUCUGUAAUUUGUUCUCCAGUUAAUCUGCUGGUAAAAUAUUAUGACUGUACAUGGAAAACAUAAUAAGUAUAAAAUAUUAUGAAAAUCUUCAAAAAAUAUCGAAUUUGAUACUUGAAAAUAAAUAUCGACUAUCGAUACUACAAGAUAAAAAAAAUCGAUGAUAUUUAUCGAUUAUUUUUUGAAAAUAUAUCGAUAGUUUAAUAUAUCAAUAUUUUUGCCUUCCUUAAUAUAGACAAAGAUCAAAUUUGAUAGAAAAAAAGAAUAAGAUAUUUACACUCGUUAAAAUAUGAAUAUAUUUCAAUUUAUUGUGCAUUAAUAAAUUUUCUUUUUUAUUAUCACUUUUGAGUCUAUAAAUUAUUUUGGAAUUGAAAUUUAAACAGUUGCAAGAACAUUCAUUGAAGAAGAUUUCUGUCUAAUACUGUUUCUAGAAUAUGACAAAAAUAAGUUGUAAUUCUGAAGCAAACCCUAUUAGAAUAUUAGGAUAAUAUUGAUAUAUAAAUUGAAUAUCAUUAAAUUUAUCACCAUCUAUAAAACCAGUAUAAAAUAUUUAGAUUUAGUUAUCAAAUAUGUUUAUAAAGUUUAUAAAUCCAAAAUACCCUUAUCAACUUCUUAUAGUUUACCAAAUUUUCCAGUUGAUAAAUAAUUUAAAAAUGUGUCAACCAGAGCAUGAGUUCUUUUACGACAAAUCACAUGUGGGCUCUCAGAAUCCUAAAAGCAGCAAAUUUGGCAAUUAACAAAUCCAUCAAGGUGAAAAUGUUCUUUGGAGCUUAGUGGUCAUCUUUACUUGCCUGUCUGUUAGAAAUAUAUUUUUUAACCUUUCUGAAACUCUAAAAAAUAUUCUACUUUAUUCAUGUACUAAAUUAAUUAUUUAAAAUGAAAUACAAAUUUGGUUUUUAAUCCCAAUCAGACAAAUUUGAAGUUUGUUUUACAGAUUAAUUACGUUUAUAAUAACAUAAUCAUACCUCUGAUUCAACCAAAUUUGGUAACAAGCUAGAAAUAAUUAACCAAUUGGGAUUUUGAGUAUGUGAUCGUGACUGAAUCAGUGACAACACUAUUUAUUCAAUAACAUUGUAUUUAUCAUAAUUGGGUGCCAUUUGUUUCCAUUUUGAUGUAAUUAUCUUCUGUCAAAUAUUAUUGGCUUUUAAAAAGUAGUAUGUAUUCAAUGCUCAGUGAAGUAAUGUUCCUCAAAAGAUUUGAAGAAGUAAAACAUGUCUUGUUCGAUGUAAGGUUAGGUUAGCUUUUUUUCUAUGGCUUUAUGUCACUACAUUUGUUUGCUAUGAGCAUUUUUUUCUUAAUCUUUCAUCACGAUAUAUAUUCAACUUUACAUUAAUAGCAUUUGUCCCACUUGACAAUGUUUUUCAACAUAACUCAUCAGAAAAUAUAUCUCCACUUGUACCUUGAGUAUAAUAUUUGUUUUAUGUUUUUUUCAUUUUAGUAUAGAUGUAAGAGUAUAAUAUGACAAAAGAUAAAUAUUAAUAUGCCAGGUUUCCCAGAAUUAUCUGUUUCAAUCAGAAGUGUCAGAAGCAUCAAAAAUAAUCUUAAUUUUAUAUUGUGUUUUCCCAAACCCAGCCGAUUUAUUUAUUAUUUUUUUCUUGAAAGGUUUUGAUGCACAGAUUUCUCAUUACCGAACUUUAAACCUCCUAGAGUUACAUUUAUAUUUCUAUUUUUAAAGUUUACAUGGUUUUAUUCCUCUAUAUCUUUGGUUAUAAAUGAAUUAAAAUUUUUGUCUAUAAACCCUAUCUGAAAUUUUUUUAAUAGCCUAGAAAUGUUGUACACUCAUUAGCAGAGGGCCUCUGAAAAUAAUCCAUAAUCCAUCAAAUUAUAUAAGAACGAUUUUUCAAUGCUUAUUGUUAUUAGUAUACUAUAAUUUCUAGAUCUGUUAAUAUAUUUAAAAAUAAGAGUAUUUCUUUGGUGUACAUUUUUUUCUAAAACUGAAAAAUUAAGAAGACACGAACUUCUAAAGUAAUUAAUACAAAAUUUUAAUUUUAUCUGGGCAAUUAGGGAUUAUUAUGUUACAGUUUCGGUUUUGGAUAUUUUAAAGAGAGUAUUUUGAAACUAAUCAUAAAAAUGUGACGUAAUUACCCUCAAUUAGCUUCUAGAAAAGCAAUUUCAAUCACUUAUCCAUCUUCGUAUUGUUUGUGAUGUUGAGCGAUAACCUUGGAGUUCAAAACGCUCAGAGACGCUUAGGUGGCCGUUUUUGGCUGGUCCAGAAUGUUUAAACAAAUUAUUGUUGCGUAUUUAGUUGGGACCUCAACUACAUCACCUUCUUUCGGCAUUGAAUUCAGUGAAAUUUUUGUCAAUCCCACUGUUAAUGGUCAGGAAAUGACGUGCAAAAUUUCCUUUGCAACUCACACACUCUCGUUACAAAGCAAACAUACGCAUUUAUCUUUCAUUUUCGUGAAAAAGUAAUAUUAUGUUCCCCCUGUAAGGGAGACUGAGAAGGGUUGUGACAAUUUUUACUUAGAGCAACAUAUCAAUAAAGAAACAUACCACAAUUGGAUGGUGUUAUGCAAAAACGACUCAACCCACAAAAACCUGAUUUUCAGAUAAUGGGCUUUAAAGUCAACAAUCUCUGGCAAAUCAUGAGCUCUAUAUCAAUAUACCAAUUAUAUGUUACCAUGAACGCAAUAUUUAAAUUUAUUUUCUCAUGUGUUUUUCAAUAAAAAAUUUUAAGUGUUUCUGUAUAAAAAAAAUAAAAAUGUUGGAUUAAUGCUUUUUGCUUAAUAGGUUAUUAAGGAAUGGAGGGUUAAAAAAAUAAGCUAACCCACAUUAUUAAUGAUGAAUCAUGUGUUUUAUUGAUAAAAAAAAUGCUUUACAAAAAAAUCAGUUUUUCAGAAAUAAUUAAAAUUGUUUAAAAUAUAUUAAUCCUCAUCUUCAUCAAUAUCAAAGUCCACAUUUGAAACUCCAAAACCGUCAACAUCAUCUGAAAAUUCCCCCUAUUGAGCAGUUCUCAAGAAAUUAUAAAAAUAUUUUAAUUCUUGUGGUACUAGCUUCAACAUUUCUUUGAGGUAUUUGAUCUUUUCUUUUGACAGUGGUUUACCCGUUGGCCAUAAGGAAUCCAACCGUAUAUCUUUAAACGACUUGUGUUGUCGACCUUUCUUCUUUUUUUCUAUAUCUAUUAUCUGCACGUUUCCUUCUGUUGUGUUAGUUUUCAUGUAGAGCUUGAAGGGUUCACUUUUCAAAAUUUUGAUCUCAUGGGUCUUCAGCCAACUCACUUUAUCUUUGUUUGAAUCGAUUUUUCUGUUUGUAGUAUUUUCCAAUAAAUUGUAAAUUGAAACCAUUUCUUGUCUUUCUAUUUUGUUAACAACAAAUUUAUUUUUCCUCCUACACUCCUUCAUAACAUUAAUGUAGUCUAGGUCUGUGUAUAGGCGCUGUUGGAUUUUUAAAAAGUGCUCAACAUCUCCAAACUAUGAAUCGUUAGGCAGAAAGCUGUGUCCCGAAAGCAAGAAUCUUAGAGUGAUGGAUUCAAGAGAAGGAUGGUUAUGCAAUGUGUGCAUCAUUAAUAGUGCUAGGUUUAUACUGCGGUUUUGACCACCGCAUGAAUCGGACCAUAGAAUCAAGUGCUUGACAGGUGGAUUGACAUGUUCUAUUAUAUAUUUUCUUAGAGAAGAUCCUACCUCUUGGGUUCCUCUCUCAGCUUCAUUUUCAAGCCAAACAUUGAAGAUACCCUUUCCUGUGCUACCAACGUGGAUGCCAAGGUUGUAGAAAUUUAAUUGCCGUUUAUAAUACACAAUACCACUUGGCAGUUUAGGUACUGGAUGGGUUUUUUGCAGAUCAAAUGUUAAAGUUUCCAGUUCAGGGUUCUCUUUAGCAGAUUCAAGAUCUUUUUUCAUUUGAUCCCUCAAAGUCUCUGCUUUUUGAGUAUGGUUGGAAUGCUCUUCUCUUAGGGAAUCCGCCACCUCGCCUGUAAGGCCUUUAAUUUGUGCGUUGAACUUAUCACACUUCAAACAGGUGUCCUUUUUAGGUUUCUGGAAACGUAAAUUGAAAUUGGCAUAGAAAUGUUUUUUGUAGGUAGAAAACUUACUGGAAGCUCAUUCUCUUUCAUCGUGUUCUCAUACAAGUUGUACAUUUUUUGUAAGUUCAGUUCAGCACCCAGAUCAUGUGAUUGUGUAUCACGUCUGCAGUAAUGAGAUAUGUACCUUGGAAAUGAAUUAAUAUGAUCCAUAACUUUCUUCAUUUUAUUAUCAGGAAUUUUGUUUAAUCCCCUUUUUGAUCCCCUUAGGUCUUCUAUCAUAUCUUCUCCCCUUUUCUUCAAAGCUAUAUCAAUUCUCCUCUGAUUGAUUUUUAGUGUUUUCAGAAAUGUUGUUUUGCACAUCUCUUUGCCUUCCCAGUAGUAUUUACGGGUGUUCUUUUGUUAACAUCUUUUUCUAUAACAUUCUAACAUUUUUUGUUUAACAUCUUUUCUUUUUGAUUUCUUUAACACACAUGUUAAUCAUUGCGCAUCUCCCAGCAAAAGUUCCUAUUGACCAGAAUUGGGUGAAAAGUUUCUUUCGACUCUUUUUAUCAAUAGUUUCAGUGCAUUUCCUGUUUUUUCUUCCUUUUGUUACUUCAGCAAUUAUUUUCUCAUUUCCUUCAUCAUUUGGGUUAUAGUCUGGUCUUCCAUCGGCUUCUUGAAGUAGCGUGCCCUCAUGAUUUGGCAUUUCGUCAUCAAUCGUUGUUGCGUCUGAUCCAGAGGGAAGAUAUUCACUACCAGAUUCAGAAAACAGUGGGACAAGGGAUUUUAUGUCUGAGUCUUCUUUAUACUGUGGCCAUUCAAUCAGUUCAUCUUGUAUUCCUUCUUCUAUUAACAUGAACUAUCCAUCUUUUUCUGUUUCAUUAUGGUUGAGGGCUUUUUCUUCUUCUAUUCUAACAUUUUCACAACCAUCGUCAAUAACUUUGUCCAUUUCGAUUUUCACAUCAUCACCGCCUCCAUUCUUCAAGACUUUAGUUUUGUUUUGUUUCUCGAGCGCCAGGUUGACUAAAACUUUUCCUCUUGACAGCAUCUGAAAAUAAAUAUAUAGAAAUAAUAAUGGGCUAAAAUAGUAGACAAUAUAAACAAUUAAAAAUCCUCAAAUUUGACUUUUUUUGCCUGAGAUUCAUAUUGAAUAUUUAGCAAUAACCAUUUAACUCACACAGCUAUCUGUUACAGAGCCUUUGUACUGCUUGUAUAAAUUUUAGCAAUAAGCAUUUAUUCCACAGGAUACAUUAAAAUAUUCCACAUUGUACAAUGUAAACAAAUUAGCAAUAAACAUUUAAGCCUCAAAGAUUAUCCAAUUUUUUUGUAUGAAAUACAUAUUGGUAAUUUAGCAGUAACCAUUCAACCCACGUGAUUAACUAAUAUAGACUACAUUCCACGCUUAUAAAAUUUAGCGAUAGGCAUUUAAACCACAUAAAUUAUUCGAUACACACAUCAUCAUAGAUGAAUCGACAAUCUUGGGGUUAAUCAUGAACAUUUCAACCUUAAACGUAAUUUUAACUUUACAGUAAAUCCUGUGAAAAGACUGAUCAAAUCAAAAAAUCACAUUCAAAAAUAAUUGUUAGGUUUUGAAAAGUUCAUACAACUCAAAAAGUACAGUAAUCAAUUAUUUGUUGGCUUAUCUUUAUUAACAAUAUUCAGACUCAGACGAUUAUUUUCACUUUGAAGUUGGUUGAAAAUCACUUGUAACAAUCACAACAACACAACAAACCCUCUCCCUUCUGCUUGAUUGAUUGGGCAGAUGAAUCGAGAACCAAUUCCUUGGAACUUUUCUUUUAAACGAUUCUAGAAAAAGAACAGAAUAAAUUCAUCGAUUCUACCGAUCGACUCUUGGAUCUCGGGUUUGCAACAAAUCCCCCCGUCUUCUUUUGAUAAUGGUGAUUUAGUUUAAUUUUUUUCUCAAUAUUUUAAAUUAUUACCUUAUAAAUUAUAAACAAUAAACGUUCAAUGGUUUCAGUAAAUAGUUCAAGAAUGAAAGAAUCGAUACAAUGAAUUCAUUUUGAGGAGUGGAUCGAAACUGAAUCGUUCACUUAAACGAAUCGUUUUGCCCGCUCCUAGUGAGUAUGUGGGUUGAUACAGUUGGUUGAGUGUUUUUGCAAAAUAGCUUACAAACAUCAAACUGUUGGAUGAGUCUUUUGCAGCUUCACUCAGUGGUUCAAUGUUUUUUACUUAAUGGUAUAUUGAAGAUUCAAGGAUUGUUGGUUAAAAUGUUAUCUGUAUUAGUCCUUGAAACGCUGAUAGGGCUUAAAUCAUUUUUGCUUAAUGUAGAAAGGAACAUAUUUUACCAUCAGAGUUGGAUAACUCAUUUUUUUAUGUUUUGUGGGUUAACUCCUUUUUGCAUAAUACCAUCCAAUUAUAAACGUUAUGCCAUAACAACUCUAGUAAGUUGUGACAGGUACCAAGGUUAGUUGUGGCAGCUAUGUACUUAGACUAUAUUAAUUAUUUAAAAUAAUAGUAAGAAACAGUAAUAUGAAGUAUUAAACAUUGAAAUAACAAGUAUCAAUUCUUUUAUCAGUAUUUAUGGUUCCAAAACGAGAUCAAUCCAAAAUCCUUAUCUAAUCUUAUAAACAGUUAUGACAGAUGUAUUGCAGCUUGCCUCCAGUGCAAUCUUCAUGAGACCAGUCUUUACAUUCUAGGCACUGAACCCACAUAAGCAUUUUCUGCGCCUUCUUCGGCAUAUUCUGCACUUUUCUUGUUAGUCUGCCUCUUGGCGUUUGUCGGUUUUCGUUCAUUUAAAACACUCUUUUUUUGUCUAUUUUCUUGGUGGCGCUUUCGGCAACGGCUUUACUGAUUCUGGCGAGAACACAUUAGAAGUGACAAGAGGAGAACGAGCUGUAGAGUAGAGGCAAUGGGUUCAUUGGUGUUACUGCUUGUCAAAUGUGAAUUGCUAGAUGUCGUGGCUUGAGCCGUGAGUAUAACUGGAGAAAGGGCUCUUGUUUCAUUACUUUGAACUGUAGCAAUAGUAUGAUUUGGAGUAAGGGGUCUGUUUUCUACAUUGACCUUAGUUUCUUGAAGUCUGGUUCUGGAUUGAGCAAAACACGAUCAGUGAUUUGACUAGGUAGAAAAUCGCCUUCUUCAAAGAUAUAUGUAUUUACAGGUCAUGUUCCAGUUGCAACAAAAACAGCACUGAUAUUCUGUGCAGUGAUCGCCACAUCAAAUGCUGAUUUUUGUUACAGAUGGAAUAUCAUAGAUACUCAUGACUUUGCAUUAGAUCUCAUCUAAUUGUAGCAAGCUGUAUUGAUUGCUUUGUUUAGAGGCCCAAAUAUCGCACGAUCUAACCGCUUAUGUGUGCAGUGUGGGAGGAAAGUAACAAUAAAAUCCCAUUAUCUCUGUAGAAAUCAAUAUUUUUUAAAGCUGUAUGUGAAGCAUGUUUAUCUAGAAGCAACAGUGUUCUUGAAUAUUUUGAAGGUCUCACGUGAUUUUUAAAAUGUGACAAUAUAAAUAUGGGUGGUAUGUAAUUGUCUAUAGCGUUUCCAUCAAAAGCCAGACUCCUCUUCCACCGAUGUCAUCGCACUGACUUGUUUUUCUCCACGCUGUGUUAUUAGUGUCAGACUUUUGAAUGGUGGUUAUUCUUGUCUCAUCGACGUUCCAAAUAUCUUUUUCCUCAAGAUUAUAUUUGUUUAAAACGCUUGUGUAGUAGAAAUCAGUCACAUUUGUUUUAUUAAAGCUCAUUGCGCGACCUAUGUUCGUGGCUUAUGGGAAUCUUAUUGAUAAAUUGGAAAUUGCCUAAACAGCUUGAGCCACACUUCUCCUGCUUUCUCAUUUUUCCCAUGAUGCCGGAUUUUUUUUAUUAUGUUUUUUGCUAACAUAAAUGCAAUACUUUUUGUUUUUUUUUUGUGAUUAUAAAUAGCGUCACUAGCUAUGCCUCUAUCAGUCUUUCGUGUGUAGUUAUUAAACCAUCAAAAGCAUUAUCAAACCACAUGCCCAAAUAAGUUGCUGACAAAAAAGAUUGAUUUUAAUGCCGAUAACAUUUACCUCAAAAUUAGGUUGGAAGAAUUGACAAAAAGAAAUAUAUUAUAUAAACAGAAAAAAACAUUACUAAAAUCAAUUAAAAUAAGCUUACCAUAAAAUAAACUCAAAUAGGAGAGUGACACGAUGUCGCAACUUUCGCCAAAAAUAGCGACUUGGUCAGAAUAAUAAUUUGUAAUUUUAAAACCAGAUGCAAAGAUAGGAAGACAAUAUCACGCUUUGAAACUUCAAAAACCACUCAAUAUAAGGAAAAAUAGCCUAAUGUGUGAAUUAAAUAUGUCAGAAUAUAGAAACAAUGUCGAUAAAAAAACUUACUUCCGUUUUUUUUACAUGCAGACAUCAGGCUCGCACAACCGCUUGCAAUGCGCCUCUGGCAAUUACUGUGUCAACUAACACGUCUCUCAAGAAACAAUUGCGUGGUGUUGCCAACUCGCUAACGGUCAUUGGUUCCGACAAAUCGUCUUUGUCUCACCCCUCCCUCUGUCAGAUCUCACCUCGGUCUCCCCUGAAAGAAUGAUGAUGGAUGAUUUUGAAAAAUUUUGAUUUGGACAUUUUGAAUGCACCUAUGGGUUUCCAGUAAAUUCUUAUUCCUUGAUAUCAUCACUAACCAUAUAUAUCAAAGAUCUAAACGAGUUUCGUUUUAAUUAUUGGCGUCUUGGCCUCUUAUUGACACUUUGGUUAUUCAAUGCAACGUUUUAAAGAUUUUUGUAAUAUCCUGCGCAUUCGCAACAUGAAAGACAUAAAUAUAAAUUCCAAGAAAUCUUUAUUGAAGACAAAUUAACGAAUUUUUUGGGUUCCACAAAAUGCUGUGUUGGAGAACAUCUUGCCAACAAAAUUUCUUUGAAAGAUUUCAAAUUUACGAUGUCCUUGCCUUCAGUCACUGCUUUAUCAGCUGCUCUUGUUGUCCAGCUUAUUUUAUACUCCAUUGUAGUCAAGAAUUUGUGCAAAUUUUUCAUGGUAUCGCACAGUAAACGUUUUUGUUUCACCUGUCACUUUGACCUUAUAAAAUCUUUCUUUCCUGGCACAUCCGAAAACUUUUGUCCUUAUCUAAAAAGUCUUUAUCAUCCUUUUUGACCAUCAUCAAUUUAGCAUUGACUUUCAGAAACGCUCUUUUUGUAAGAAUCAUAAUUGAAAAACUUUUUUGAUAAACUGAGUUGUUUAUGCUUCUUCAAAGGAUCUGGUUUUACUAUUUUUUUUCAUUAUAUUUCUUCAAAUUACUGUUAGCUGUUUAGUAAUAACUUCGAAUAGAAGAAGCCUCUUCUUUACAAUUUCAGGAACUCGGACGUUCUUUAAGAGAUACUUUAGCUUCCGGUGAAGUCUGAUUAUUUUUGUUUUGCCUUUGACAUCCCUUACGCUAUCUCUCUUUUCUUCUUAUUUUUGUUCCAGUCUUUCCUGUAAUCUGGAUAUUUUUGCAUAAAGUAUUCUUCUACGUCUCCUGAGUUGCAGUCUUCUCCGAUGAAUUGCCAGAUUUUUUAAUUCAUCAUUAUUUUGCAUAGGUCCUGGGAUAGGAGGUAGUGUGUCAUUUAACAGACUUUCGUACUUUCACUGUUCUGUGUCUGUAUGUUUGACUAUGUUUCUUCCAGUGUUUCCUUUUUUGCCUUCUUUCUCAGGAAUUCAUUGCAGAUAAAGGUUUUACUUAACCUUUUUCCUUUUUUUCAGGUAUUUCUUUCUUUUUGGCGAAGUUUUUCAAGUGUUACUAAAUCAGCUUUCAUUUUUUUCCUGCGCUUUCGGUCAUAUUCUUGCUUUUUUAAUUUAGCUUCUUCAUUUUUCAACUUACAAUAAUAUUGCAGCAAUAAAUGUUAGUUAAUAAAAGCAAACAAUAAAAAAGGUAGUUAGCCCACCCAAAUAUCAUUCCCUUACCGUAAAUUUUUAUGAGAAUGAUGGUGAGGAUAUGAUGAAAUGGAGAAUAAUCGUAAAGAACUCGUGACAUAACCUUACUUUUAAAACGAUUUUUCUGCUUAAGGAAAUUGCUCCUGAAAGCCAUCUUGUCUGUGCCACUUAUAAUCAGUUGAAGUACUUACCUUUUGUUUUUUUUAGAAUGUGAUGAAAUGAUGAUAAAAAAUUGAAAUUAUAUAUAAACUUAAUAAAAUCUUUUUGCAGCGCAUACCCGAACACAAUCACAGAAAAUAUAAAUAUAAAACAGACACAAGUGUGCUAAAUUUUGCUUACUUGCAGACGACCGAUUAAAAAAUUUUCAACUAUAUUAGUUUCACUGAAAUAGAUGUAAAGAUUAUCUAUGGAGCCCUCUUAACACCAUAAAACCAAUAUAAAGCAACCCACAAUACCAAAAUAAUCAAGAAAAGUUAACACGGGUACAUACGAGAAAAUUGAUUGCUUACCCCACGGCUAUUAUUCUCACGUACAUCAGCUGUUUUCUUAGAUUGCUCCAUUUCAUCAAAGUUUUAUAUACUUUUAUCUAUGAAUUGAUUAGAAUAAACUUUUCAAUUUCAGAAAUUAUUUUGAUUCAAGUAAAAUCAUUAAUGAUUCUUCAAUUUCAUAAAUUAUUUAAUGUAUCAUUGUUUCGCAAGAAAAGAAUAUAUUAUAGGCUUUUUAAGAAGAAGAUAUAAAUCGAAAGCAAGGUUUUUUUUGAUUUUUAAAAUGUGGGAAAUAAUUUAAUGUGCAUUGGAUCUAGCUAAACUGUGUUAUACAAUAUACGUAUAUGGUUCCAACCAAAAAUCAUUUAUCGUUGUUUUUAAUAUACAUUUAUUAUUAGUACAAAUUUUUUAUUGUAGAAUAAACUGAAUAUAUCCAAAAAUAUCUAUAAAUUAUCCUAUUUUUGUAUAUUAUAUCAAUCACAUAAGAGAUAUUAAUUAAAUUGUAGUCGAUUUUAUUCUUAUUUUCUAUUGUUUUUGUUGUAUAUAUUUUUUUGUUUUUAUCUAUAAUAUGGAAUAUUUUAAGUACAUGAAAUAAAUUUACGAAA